UGUGCGAGUAGGAGGUUGGGGGCCGGGCCCGGCGGCGCAGCGCACACGGGAGCGUGGCUGAGGCGGGUGGAGGUGAGCGCGGCGCCCUCUCCUGACAGGUGCCCGGCAGAGGCAGCGGAGACAGCGUCAGCCGGUCUCGGUGCGCCCGCGUCCAUCCCCUGCCCGGUGCCGAGCCUCUUGGCCGCGCGGCGGAGCGGGGCGAGGGCCCCCCGGGGUGGCGGGGCCAGAGGGGAGCAGCAUGAGCAGCGCCCGCGGAGCCGCCCGGAGAGCAGCGCCGGGGACGGGGCUGGCGGUGCAUCUCCUGCUGCUGGGCAGCAUCUGGAGUCCGGUGGAGGCCCAGCUCACCGGAGUGUUGGAUGACUGCUUGUGUGAUAUAGAAAGCAUUGAUGACUUCAAUACUUACAAGAUCUUCCCCAAAAUCCAGAAACUGCAAGAACGAGACUACUUCAGAUAUUACAAGGUUAAUCUUAAGAGACCAUGUCCAUUCUGGGCUGAUGAUGGCCAUUGUUCUAUCAGAGAUUGUCACGUAGAGCCUUGUCCUGAGAGUAAAGUACCAAUUGGAAUUAAAGCUGGGAGUUCUAAUAAAUACUCAAAAAGAGCAAAUAACACCAAAGAAUUGGAAGACUGUGAACAAGCUAACAAACUGGGAGCAAUUAACAGUACUCUAAGUAACCAAAGUAAAGAGGCUUUCAUUGACUGGGCAAGAUACGAUGAUUCACAGGACCACUUUUGUGAACUAGAUGAUGAGAGAUCUCCAGAUGCGCAGUAUGUGGAUUUGCUGUUGAAUCCAGAACGUUACACUGGAUACAAAGGACCCUCUGCAUGGAGAGUGUGGAACAGCAUCUAUGAAGAAAACUGCUUCAAGCCUCGAUCUGUCUAUCGUCCUUUAAAUCCAUUGGCACCCAGCAGGGGGGAGGAUGAUGGAGAAUCUUUCUACACAUGGCUGGAAGGUCUUUGUCUGGAGAAAAGAGUAUUCUAUAAACUCAUUUCUGGACUUCAUGUUAGCAUCAACUUACAUCUCUGUGCAAAUUAUCUUCUUGAAGAAACCUGGGGGAAGCCUCGUUGGGGACACAAUGUCAAGGAGUUUAUUCAUCGCUUUGACCCUAUUGAAACAAAAGGAGAAGGACCAAGGAGGCUAAAGAAUUUAUAUUUUUUAUAUUUGAUUGAGCUGCGUGCUUUGUCAAAAGUUGCACCAUACUUCGAGCGUUCAUUUGUAGACCUUUACACUGGAAAUGUCCAAGAGGAUGCUGAAUCUAAAACCCUCUUGCUAGACAUCUUCAGAGAUACAAAAUCCUUUCCAAUGCACUUCGAUGAAAAGUCCAUGUUUGCAGGAGAUAAAAAAGGGGCCAAGUCAUUAAAGGAAGAAUUCAGGUUGCAUUUCAAAAAUAUAUCCCGCAUAAUGGACUGUGUUGGAUGCGAUAAAUGCAGAUUGUGGGGCAAACUGCAGACUCAAGGCUUAGGAACUGCUCUAAAGAUUUUAUUCUCUGAAAAAGAAAUUCAGAACCUUCCAGAGAAUAGCCCGUCAAAAGGUUUUCAACUCACACGUCAAGAAAUAGUUGCUCUCAUAAAUGCAUUUGGAAGGCUUUCCACAAGUAUAAAAGAGUUGCAGAAUUUUAAACUUUUAUUACAACAUACUAGGUAAUGAUGGUUUUUUACACAUCCCAGUAGUGACGACUGUUAAAUGACUGCAUCAAGCAAAAAUAAAUCAAUCCUUACAGGACUUGUACUACAAACUGAUUUAAAAAAAUUUAAAAAUCAGAUACCAACUUGAAUAUUUAUGUUUAAAAUAGGAAUGGUUAUUAAUUAGAAAAGAUAUUUAUGAAUGAAGUAUAUGGUUUUUAAACACAUAAAUUAUGCUGAUCUCCUGUCUGUUAAGUUUCUCUCCGGUCAUUGUUCUGUUGUAUCGCCAUUUUAUAUAAUUUUUCUUUGUUUCACUGUUGUCUUUCAUUCAAGGAUAACUGUUUAAGAUUAAAUUACUGUCCCUACAUCUUGAAUGCAAUGUUGAUGUGAACAAACUUGCACUGCAUCAGACAAAAAUAAGUGGUCCUUCUUUUAAAUAUUAGACAUCCAAAAUAUUGUAAGGGAAUAGUCACUGCUUGGCUCUAACUGUAUAGAAAAAAUCCUUAUUUUCUUUUUGUGUUUCUUCAGUUUUCACUUGCUUUUUUACUUCCUUGUAUUGCAUAACUGUAAACAGUGGAAAAUUAAUUAACAGAAACUUUAUUUUGUGCAAUGAGGUCCUUGGCACCUCAUUGAUGCCAACUGUUUCUCACCAUCCCUUUGUUUUUAAACUUCCUUGAGCCACACACGCACACACUGUCAUAACAGCCUUCUCACUGGUGGAAUAAGGAUAAAAAUGAUUUCUCCAGAGCCCUAACUCUACAACUUUGGUCUACCUUAUGGGGUAGUUAGUGGAGCGCUGCUAGCAUGAGGAGCUUUGGUCAGUCAUGCCCUCCAGCCUCCCUUUUUUCCUCUCCUUCCCUAGAAUCACAGGAUCAGUCUUUAGGAAUUGUUCUUUUAGCAUUAUAAGAAGUUAAAAUAUCACACUUCUUUCCCUCUUGGGGCAGUAAAAAUGCAUUAAGAAUGGAUACAGCUUGGAUUGGACUUUAAUGGGGUUAUGUUUGUUGUGCUGCAUGAAAAGGUCAGUGCAAAAAAGGCAGCUUAUUUUGAUAGACUUGAUUUAAAAAAAAAUUUUAAAAUGGCAAAACAUGUCAACAUUUAAUAGUGCAUACUUUUAUCUAUGCAAUCCCUAACCAUAUCUUCUCCAAAAGGAUAUUCAACGUAUUUAAUGAAACGGGUAUAUUAUAGUGCAUUUUAUGUAAAUUGAUUGUUAAUUUGCUCCAUCAGGUUCCAAAAAGUACUACUGAUCAGUAGCAACCAACAGUGGUUUAAGUUUAAAGCUGAAGUAAUAAAAGUAAAUAGUAUUUUUGAACAGCUUGCGUAAGCUGUAAUAAAUGUAAUAUUUAGUGAAGUUAUCUGAGUACAUUGUGAAUGUCAGUAAUGCUGGUACAGUAUAUACAUAUGUCUGUAGCAUCUUUUACUUUUAAACUUAAAACAAUCUUUACAAAACAAAUAAAAAGUGCUCUUAAACCUUCCUCAUCCUACCAAA